CGCUCUGUUCGCUUCUGCUGUGGCCUCACCAGCUGAGAUCGACGAUAACAUAGGUUAGGGCCACAACUAGCAUCUGACAAAUUAAGUGUUUCUCAUCAGUAUACUGCGAAAAUGGUUAUAACCAGCCAAUUUAAACUCCCUACUGAGGAGGAGCUUGCUGUUCCCGAGCUCAAUGUUUCUGCCGCUGCGUUUGCCACCGGCGCAUUUCAUCUGGGAAAGUAUUGCGAAGAGCCUUGCAAAGAAUUUAUGUUGUGUCGGGACGAGCUCGGUGACCCAAGGAAGUGUCUCUCUGAGGGAAAACAAGUUACUGCUUGUGGCCUCGAAUUUUUUAAGAAAGUAAAGAAGUCUUGCUUAGCUGAAUUUAUCCAAUACGAAAAGUGCCUUGUAUCAAGCAGCUCCAACUACGAAUAUGCUCGUUGCCGUAAGACCCAGAAUGUUUUUGAUGAGUGUGUGAAGACUCACAUUGGGGUGGAGAGACCCCGUCCAUUCUAUUUUUGUGAGCCAAAGAUUCAUGAUUCUAAGAGACCCAAACCGCCUACAGCCGAAUACCCCGUCUAUGGCGACGCUACUCCUAAGCUUCCUGAAGAGAAACUGAAGGAAGCCAAGACAACAUUUGAGAGGCAGGGUAUCUUUGAUGCUGGAAGGCCACUUUAAAAUGUAUAGUGUUUUUAUCAGUACACACCAGUCUUCACUUAGAAAAGUUGUACAUUGUUGCUGGAAAUAUUUGUAAUAUAUAUGGUUGCUUUGGAUGUUUUGUUGUUUCUUGUGAAAUUAAAUCUUAACUGAGGAUUCCCUUGA